UAUACACUGACUUCAUCCAGAACACAUAUCCUGUGAAGGCUGACUUGUGACUCGCAUAGGUAGAGCUAAACCACGAUCAUAACCAUCACAUUCUGGAACAUCGAGGCCCACAGAACAAUCAGUCGCUCUCGAGUAUCCCCCGCUUUUUGAUUCUCUGUUGCACCCUCCUCAUUCCAGUUGCCCGACGGUCUUUCACCAAGAGUCAUGAGCCCCUACUCUCCACAAAUUGGGGAUCUCGUCGACGCCGGCAUUCGACCCAAUAUCACGGUGCGCGGUCACCUCAGGUACAUGGGAUCCAUAAAUGGUAAAGAUGGAUUAUUCGCUGGGAUCGAACUCGUGGAAACAGACGUGAAGCAUGGAAAAAACAACGGAACUGUCUUUGGGCGGCAAUAUUUCACAACCAGAAGCCCGACCUCUGGGUUGUUCAUUCCGAUCAGUAAGCUUUCCUCGGCGAUGCUGAUGGAGUUCCCGACCCAGGAUGACGGCCCGCGGCCUGCGUCUUCACUGUCGCGGACUUCAGCGAUGGAUGAACGACGCGAACUCGGGUCCCGCUCAGCCACACCUUCCUCAGGCCUGCGAUCUCGUCCAUCCAUACCUCGCCUGUCUAGACAUUCUGUGUCUCGGAGCUCAUAUCGCCCCAUUGGCGUGAACACUGCGGCCAGAGCAAAUCACGUUUCAAUCGAUGCCAGAAUGCCAGAAUCGAGUCGCCCGCGCACACCCUCCUUAAAGCCUCUUCCAAGGCCCAGCUCGCAAACGCACGCAUUCGCGACACCUUUGAGGCUAUCUGGUCGCCCAUACUCAUCCAAAUCGCUGGCGGCCGGCAACAUGCCUCCCACUUCGUUGGCCGCAACUUCCGGAGUAGGCAAUGUGCGCACCCCACUUCGGGCACGCGCUAGCGUGGGAAAUUUGCCAUCCAGAAGCAGCAUUUUAUUACGGGCUGGGGCAGCCGAUGAGAAUAUGCUGCCGCCACGAAGCCCCUCUAAAGGAUGUCAGCUGGAACGCGAGCGCCUUGCCAAAAAGCAAGUCCUACCAGACCUCGCUUCGGUAUCGCGCGCCGCGUACGCUGGUCCUUUAAGCCAAGUGCACAACGUUCACCAAGGGGUCAACAUCGGGCCAGACGGCUCGCCCGAAAACAACAUCCACACGCAGAUCAGAGCAAAUGCGGAGCGCUCCAAGGAAAUGGAAGCAGUCCUCCGGCGCCUCGAAGAAAUACAGAUCAGUGCAGAUGAUUGGAGGGGAAUGGCGCUCCUUCACACAACCUCUUUCGCAAUGGCAGUGCAGAGCAAUUGGGCAUUGCAAUCGGCGGCAUCGCGCCGAGCAGCUGCUCCAAAACGCCAGAAGUCGCUCAAUUUUGAAUCGGAAGGAAUGGAUUCGAAUCUGAACGUCCCGAACAGUGUUGAUACCUCAUCCGUGUGCGCUGCAUGCUCGGGAAGUCUCGAUCGAGUUACAGCCUUGGCGACUUCGCCUCCACCUGCAGAGGAAGUGGCGGUUCCUGAUGGACAAUCCACUCCGAUGGAUGGUAACAAUGAAGUCAUCGCAAGCAGGGUAAUACGACUGGAGGAGAACCUGGCAGACGCUUUAAAUGCGAAGGAAGAGCAAGAGAAAUACUUCCGCGCGAAAUUAGCGAAGCUCGCAGCCUCGGAGCAACAGUACAAGAACGCGCUUAUAAAAGCAAAGGACGAACUCGCACAGCAGCGCGCGGCUGAAGCCGAGAGUCGCACCAAAUUUAUCGAAAUGGAAAAUGCAAUGGCUUCGCUGCAAGCUGCUUUCGAAGACGAGCGUCAAAAGGUGGAGGAGCUGAGGUCAGAGGAUCUGCCAGAAUCAGUAUCCUCUGCACAAGCCGUCCAACGGCCACCAAGCAGCCUCGGCGAGGAGGUGGCCACAUCGACCCAGAAUUUUCUUGUGCAUGGGCAGCUUGGGGACGAGAACGAAGCCACUCCUUGUGAUGACUGCGGAGAGACUGACCACAAGCUGGAGGACUGCCCUUAUGCCGCGGCCAUCUUCUAGCGAGGUUGCCAGCAUGCGGUAUGCCGCCCUCAGUCAUCGUCAUCUCCCACAAAUUCGCACUCGUCGUCUCUUCGAACG